AUGGCUGCUCUUGUCAAGGUGGUCUCUCUUGUCCUUCGUGGCUUUCGCCAAACCAAGGUCCCUCAAGCCUUGGAAAUGAGAACAGCUUCUCUUCCUCAAACAGAUUUUACUGUAUUGGUAUGCAUCAUAUGGAUUCGGAUCUGCACCGAUACCAGGGAGGAUCGGAACAUAAACUCAUUUCCUUUUAGGCAGUCUGGGACUAUAAAAUCAUUUGUGCUUGUUCUAGCAGGAUCAGAGGAUGUGAAUCCAAGAACUCACAGGGGGCUAUCUCAGGGCCAUAAUGCUCAUGCGGGAAAUUGGGUCCCAAAGAUUAAGACAUAUGUGCUGAAAGUACACGUUAACUGUCAAGGGUGCAGACACAAGGUGAAGAAACUCCUCCGCAAAAUCGAUGGAGUCCACAAAGUGAAGAUAGAUCCAGAAGAGCAACUCGUGACUGUAUCUGGGAUUGUAAAUCCUGAGAUUUUAGUUCGGAAGCUGGUGAAUUCCGGUAAACAUGCUGAGCUCUUACCUUCUAUAGAAGCUGACAGCAAAAGAGAGAUCAGAUCUCUAAUUAGUGACCUAUCCUCGAUGCACAAUGAUCAUGAGCCAAUGCUUCCAACAUCCUACGGUGCUAAAAUGGAAGAGAACAUCGGCAUAAAACCUUGGACGGGUGACUUUGGCCACGGUAUCCUUAACACAAGGACUACAAGGAACACGUUUCCCUUCUGGGACUAUGCAGACACGACCGGUAAACUGGAGACUCGUGGGACUUUUCCUGAAUAUGGCAUCGGCAUCGGUAGGUACGGAGAUCUUGCAACUGGCUUUCCAAGCUUCCGUUAUCCAUCAUUUUUGCUGCAAGCUGGAUCACACUACAACUAUCCACCGAUUGAAUCGAUGUCCACUGGGGGAAGUCAUCCCCCCAUGUUUCCCCUAGCCUCUCCAGACACCUAUUAGAGCUAAGGGAACAGGCGGUUGGAACCUACCUAAUAAGACAAAGGCCGACUUUGUGCUUCCGAUGUCGCUAUCGAUGGUGCCUUUGUUUCAUUUUCUCCAUUAACUCUAGUUCAGUCGAUAUAUCAUGCACAAGAUCUUGAUCAGUGGGAUUGGUGUAAAUGACCGAGGUUAAUUUGCUCGUUGAUCGAAACUUCUAUUAGUUUUUUUUUUUCCGAUUACAAAGAAGGUCCAUGGGCCUAGUACAUUGAAAUAUAAAUCCUAAAUAUCUAAUAAAGGGGCACGGAUA